AUGGCAACGACCGUCCUUCUCACAGCGGCAUUCGCGGCCACCGCAUGGUUAGCAUUCCGACUCUUUACACAGACCAACGCGAAGCUCAACAUACCCUAUCUAUCAUUCGAGGACGGAAACAACUCAAUACAACGGUACGCACGCGAAUCCGGCAGCAUCAUGAGACGCGGGUACGACGAGUACCUGAAAAGGGGCCUGCCAUUCGCCAUGUUCAACUGCCUCGAGCCGUCGCAGCCGAUCGCCAUCCUGCCGACCAAGUAUCUGCCUGAAGUCCGGGGCGCAGCGGCGUCGAAGCUGAGCUUUCCCGCAUUCAUGAAUAGGUCUACAGUCGCCGAACAUAUCGGCGCGCCACGGGUCACAGAGCGUGUGAUCCGGGUUGCAAGGCUGGAUUUGAACAGGGCGUUGAAUGACCUUAUUAUCCCAAUCCAAAACACCUGCACCGCCGUGCUAGACUUCGCCCUGCCUCGCGGAGUCCAAGAUCCAGAAUGGACGCCCGUGUCCGCACAAGCCCUCUUCUGGGCGCCGAUCUCCGCAAUAAUGACGCUUGUCCUCGUGGGCCCGGAACUCUGCGCCAGCGGAGAGUGGAAUGGCCUGCUGGCUGCAUACCUGCAGCACGGGCACGCAACCGCCAAGCACGUCCGCGAAACAUAUCGACCCUGGAUGCGCUGGACGGUGAAGUACCUCGAUAAGGAUGUCAAGGCGAUGGCCGAGUUCCGCAAAAAGGGGACCGCUUUACUAAGACCCGUCAUUGAGGCACGGAUUCGAGCUGCGCGUCAAGGGCAGAGAUCGCCGUUCCAAGAUGCGACGCAGUGGCUGGUUGACUCGUACUUGGCGGAUGGCACGGCUAUUAAUGCGGAGCAGAUCAUGCAGGAUAUGAGCUUUCUCGUGGCGGCGAGUUGGCAUGGGAUUCUGAUGAAUCGGGUUUCGAUCCUGUUUGAUCUGAUUGAGCGGCCGGAGUCUCUGGAUGCGAUUAGAGAAGAGAUCGCGCGUGUUCAGAAUGGACCUCUUAACCAGCAAACCCGGGGCGGACUCUGGAGCCGGCAGUCUCUUGCUUCCCUGCUGGUACUGGAUAGCUUUAUGAAGGAGAGUCAGCGGUUGCAUACGUUCCAGCACUACACAAUGCAGCGCAUCGCCCUCCAAGAGGUGACUUUCUCCGACGGCCUGCGUAUCCCAGCCGGAACAUGGGUGCACAUGCCGAGCAGAAUGCACGGUCGGGACUCAGCCGUUGUCCCUGGCGGCAAGGGUGAGGAAUUUGACGCCCUGCGCUGGAAACGGCUGCGUGAGGAAGGCGAUGCCACGAAAUUCCACUUCGCGUCUGUGCACGACGAGAUGCUUCCUUGGGGCAGUGGGGCGCACGCUUGCCCCGGCCGCUUCCUGGUGCAGGAUGUGCUGAAGGUGCUUUUCAUCCAUCUGGUUACGAAAUACGAUAUGAAGUUCGUCGAGGGGGAGAAGAGGCCGACGGACUGGGAUGAGCAUACGGGGACGAUGCCGGAUGUUAUGGCGAGUGUGCUGGUUAGGGAGAGGGCUGCUUAG